CUGGAUGGAUCACACAGGGCAAGGCACGGGGCAGGCAAACCGGCCAACAUGGGGAAGAUCAUCUUCUAUGAGGACAAGAACUUCUCUGGGUGCCAUGUUGAAUGCUGCAAUGAUUGUGCGGACCUGCUGUGCCUCCUGAACUGCUGCAAGUCCAUCAAGGUGGAGAGCGGCAGCUUCAUGAUCUAUGAAAAACCCAACUACAAUGGCAACCAAUACUACCUGAGGAGAGGAGACUAUCCUGACUUCCACCACUGGAUGGGUAUCACUGACUGUGUCAGCUCCUGUCGCCUCAUCCCCCAGGAGGCUGGGCUGUUCAGCAUGCGCAUGUAUGAGCGGCUCGAGUUCGGUGGUCAGAUGAUGGACCUGGUGGACGACUGUCCCAGCGUCAUGGACCGCUUCCACAUAAACGACAUCUUCUCCUGCAAUGUCACUAGCGGCAACUGGCUCUUCUAUGAGCACCCAAACUACUGUGGCAGGAUGUACCUGAUAAGGCCUGGAGAGUACAAGAGGUUCAGCGAGUGGGGUGGCAGGAACGCCAGGGUCGGCUCCAUCAGACGCAUCAUGGACUAUUGAUCUGUUUUGAAGGACCCCAGAGCUGCAUAGAGGUUUUGGAAAGGUUUCAUGCUCAAGACUACAAGACUAUAGAAAUACUAAAUGACAAAAGACUGUUUUUGGUAAUAUUUGGUCAUUUUACUUAAAAGAUUAAGACAAAAUGUUAGUGUCCUGAGAAGCUUUUCAAACAUUAUUUGGAAUAAGAAUGGCUGAUUUCUUGACACUAGGAUGGACUCAUUGCACAUCAAGAACACAAAUUUCUGGACCUGUUCUUGACUCACCAUCGUAAUAAAACCAUUGCAAAAUUGA